GGAAGCGUGACUAAAACUGCUCUAACACACAUUCAGAGAGUUUCACUGUGUGACUUGCAGGUAAAGCACCAUGACAUCCAGUGGCACAGAACAGAGUCUGCGCUAUCUUAACAGGGUGGUCCUCAUCACAGGUGGCACAAAGGGCAUCGGUGAAGCAACUGUCAAGUUGUUUGGUAAGAUCUUGUGUUCAGUUUUAUGGUUGUUGUUUUUUUUAAUUUAAAUUUGUUUUUAGAUAUUUCCAGGAAGAUAUGUUACAGUUUUCUUUUUGAUUGAAUGUAGUUGAGAUCCUUUAUUUAAAAUUUGCUCAGCUGCAAAUGCAUUGCCAACGUAACCUAGCACCGUAUUAGAUGAUGCCAGGUGUCAAACUGUAGAAGUCAAUGGGCUACUCAUUCUCAUAAUUCUCCACCACCGUGGCUGGCAGCGGGUUAUGGACAUCCUUAUUAUUAUUAUUUGUAAAGUGCCAACAUAUUUAGCAGCGCUGUAUUCUUGGCGUAAAAUAUUGCUUGUCUUCCAACACUGGGCGGUAUAAAUGUGGCAUUGAAAUGGCUAUGCCAACCAUGCAACAUGUCAAUGAAACGCAACAAUAAGCAUUUCGGCUAUCCACAUACAAUACAGUGCAGCACAAAUAUCAAAACUGCUCUAGAGUCCAGCAAUAAUACUCAGCACUUGCUGGUGGCUUUUUGUUAACCAGUUUCUGUCUUUUGGUGAGUAUUAGAAAGAAAAAGACUUGGAGACAAAAGGGAUUUGAGAAACUGCUAUGUUUACCUAUGGGUUAAUCUAGCCUCUAGUGGCUGUCUCAUUGACAGCCGCUAGAGGCGCUUCCGCGCUUAUCACUGUGAUUUUCACAGUGAGAAGACGCCAGCUUCCAUAGGAAAGCAUUGAGAAUGCUUUCCUAUGGACUGGCUGAAUGCGCGCGCGGCUCUUGCCGUACAUGCGCAUUCAGCCGAUGAUGGCCAAAGGAGGAGGAGAGUCCCCAGCACCCAGUGAGCCCGGUGCUGGAGAAAGGUGAGUGUUUAACCCCCUUCCUCUCCAUUCAGACCACUUCAUCUCAAUGAGUGCAGUGCCCGUGGCGUUUUAACCCUACAAUGUAAAGCAUUUUUUAGGAAAAGCAAUGUUUUCAUUACAGCCACUUGAGGUGUUUCCCCUAAAAGAACUGAGUCACUCUUGGUUCUCAAUCAAAUGAUGCUAAAAGAGAGUAUUUGAUUAGCAUGGCGCUGUAAUUUUCCGUGCAUGCACUUUAACCUCAAGGUGCUUCCAUAUGGGGAAGAACUGGAUUGGUUGAGAUCAUCACUCAUGAUGAUGUUAGCCAGGGAGGCGGUGCGGCAGCAUGGAGAACUGAAUGGCGAAUAACAAUUGUUUAUUUUAAACUGUAACAGGGGGGUGACCUAAAUAGUUAGUAGGACAUUAUAGCAAUAGAAAUACUUAUGAUUGUAUUUCUUACGCUAUAGUGUUAUGCUAUAGUGUUCAUUUAAAAUAUAAAAAAUAUGUCAUAUUAAAAAAAAAAUCAGUAUAUGAAAAAAUAUUAAAAUAUUUUUCACUUUACUAAAUAAAGUUUAAAAGUUUAUCCAAAAAUAUAAAGUCUUUUGUAAGGCUUGUCCAAGAAUAUUAAAUUGAGGUCUAAACUGUAACCUGGCAGUCUGGCACCUUUUGAAUUGGAAUCUCCUUUGCUGAAUCAAGCUUUCUCUAUGUUUAAAAAAAAAAACAAACAAAAAAAAAAAAGCAUUCCAAUUAAACCUAUUUAUGACAUUUCAUCAGAUUUUCUUUCUUUUCAAUAACGUAGUAUAUGAUGUUUGGGUGUUCUGUCUUCCAUUACAAGUAAUACUGAUACUCUUGCUACAGACAGAACAGAACACAUUGGAGUGUCCCGUGACUUUUUUUUCUUUAGCAAAAAAUAGUCCAAAGGCCAUGCUUGUUAAUGUUUUAGAGAUGUCAGCACAACCAGCCACAAGUUCCUCUUAUUUGGGGAUGUUUUGACUUUUUCAAAGUUGGAAAGAUGAUCUUUGCAGUCUAUGCCUGAAAACCAUGCAGUGUGCACCAUUUUACACCAUUAAAGGGAAACUCCAGUGCCAGGAAACCAAUCCAUUUUCCUGGCACUGCAGGUACCCUCUCCCUCCCACCUCCCAUCCCAGGUAGCUGAAGGGGUGAAAACCCCUUCAGGUCACUUAGCUGAGACCCCGCUGAUGUCCCUCGGCGGUGGUUUUGGGUCGGCGUCGCUCCUCCCAGUAAUUACGUUAGCCGGUGGGCAAGACUGAUCACGCCCGCCAGCUGAGCACACCUAAUGCGCAUGCGUGGCAAUGCCGUGCACGCGCAUUAGGUCUCUCCAUAGGAAAGCAUUGAAAAUAAUUUUCAAUGCUUUCCUAUGGGGAAUUUAGCGACGCUGGAGGUCCUCACAAAGCGUGAGGACGUCCAGCGACGCUCUAGCAAAGAAAAUCUUUGCUAUGAAGCAGGAAGUGCCCUCUAGUGGCUGUCUAGCAGACAGCCACUAGAGGUGGAGUUAACCCUGCAAUGUAAUUAUUGCAGUUUAUAAAAAACUGCAAUAAUUACAGUUGCAGGGUUAAGAGUAGUGGGAGUUGGCACCCAGACCACUCUAAUGGGCAGAAGUUGUCUGGGUGCCUGGAGUGUCCCUUUAAUGUAUGUAAAAGAGAGCUUGCAAACUUCUCACUAAUAACGUGCAAACGCACACAGAAAAACAAACGGGCCAGUACUCCUGUAUUGAAAGCACUUCUUUUAUUAAGACAGAAACACAAAGAAUGGGCAAUAAAUAUAUUUACAAAUACAAAAAGAUAAGUCCUGGGCUCACUCCUAUCACUCCUGUCUGGCUGGCAGCAAUGACCACAGUACACAUCAGCCCCUGGUUUUUAAUGAAUAGGAUUUAACCAUUGCAUCCUAAAGCAUGGUCCAAAGUGAUAGAAAAAAGCCAGGUUAACUAACAGCAUCCAUGGCCUGCCUCACUCAAGGCAGACCAUGCACAGAGCAUGGCUGAAAAACUCGGCACAUUCAAUCUAUGAUGUAAUGAGAGAGCCUGUGAAUGUACCAUUUUUGGGGGGUUGUGUUGUCAAUAUUGACUUAUCAAACUUGUUAGCAAGAUUAAUGUGUGUUGGAACACACUCCUGUCCUGUUCUUGGUGAUCACCAGAAUUACCUGCCAUGGUGUUAUAGUCCUAUCCUGACUGAGUCACACGGCUUCAAGUACUUGGAGACACUCCACUGAAAGACAUACAAGGGAGUCAGUUCAGGAAAAAGUCUGAUUCUCUAUUACAAGAGCAAUGGUUUUUAUAAUAACACGCAAUAAAUAAGUAUAUGGAGAGUAUAAUUAAUUACCAAUCACAUAUUGACAACUAUUAGGUAACGUAAUGCAUAUAACAUUGGGAAAGCGUAUAACAAAUCAUUGAUGAAAAACUUAUCUAGGGGGCAUUACUAGGUGGGCUUUUCUUAGAAUAUGAGGGUAUAAAGGCAGGAUUUCUUAGAAUAGGAGAGAAAAAAGGUGGCCGUGUGCCAAGACUACGUAUGUGACGUUUUUACGUGGUCAUGUGCUAAACUAUGCACGUCCUUGCAAUGUAAAAGGUUGUUCAUGUUAGGAUUCAGCUGAACAGACGUUAACCCUAUCAGUCAUGGAUUGUUGGUUUCACAUUAACUCUUACAAUGUUUAAAUCAAGUUAGGGCUGGUUUUAAGCAAAUCAUAUUUUUUUUACUUUAGUGUCAUUAUCAGCAGUAAAAUUAUCCAUUAAAUUGGGUUGUGAUCAUAUUGAAAAAUACACAAUUCAGGCCAAAAACAGACAAUGGGUUAUAAUUUACCCCAUCAUUUCCUAAUAUAACAUGAUUUUUUUUUCACCCAUUAAAAAUGUUAUUUUACACUCAAUGUAGGUGUUUUUAAACAAAUACUUGUGGGAUACUAACUUCUGUGUAUUUCCUUUUUCUUAUAUUGUUCUGUAUGGACAUGCCGUGUCCACAGUGAAAAAUGGCGCCAAUGUUGUCUACUGUUCAAAAGGUAAUGCAUAUGAUUUCUUUACUACCUGUUACUUGUGUAUUUAUUGCAAGCACAAAUUAAACAACAGAAAACGUCACCAAGUAUGAAGUCACUUUUAAUUAGGUGAUGUGUAUGAAAUCUGCAAGGCAGCAAUUUUUUGUUAAAAAUUACAGAGAGAAUGGGCAGUUGAGCUCCAGAACUCAAUCUGUUAUUUUUCUUUUUGAUAUAGAAAAAUAUUUUAUACAGUGAAAUGUAAGUGACCAAUUAUCCAUCUCUAAAACACUCCAGAGUAUAGUAGACCAGUAAUAGUAUUAUGGAGUGCAUUCAAUGAUUGUAAAACUUCAGGAUGUGCAGGAAGUGGAUUAUCUCAUAUAUCCUUUUAUUGUUUUCAAUAGGAACUCUGCAAAUUUUCCAUUAACUCAUAUAUGAGAUGUAUGUAUUAGAACAAAUUAAAGUUCUUGCACACAUUACUAAGAAACCUAUUGCUCCUCUUUAUUUCACCGAACAGAUAAUCUGGUCUUUACUCUUCUUUUGAACAUAAGUACUUGAAAUUAUUGGUCAUUUUUUUUACCCUCUUCCAUUGUCUUUUGCACUGCAACAAUGCAAAACGCUCUGCCACCAAACACUCUGGAACUCAACUUGUUACAGGUUUCCCCGGUCACCUUGGACCUCCAUGUUCACCCCUUUCACAACUACCUAGUAGAGCGCUCUUUGGAGAGGAGCUUCUUACCACAGAACUGAGUAGUCUCUCCCAGGAAUACCCAGAGAGCUCCCAUUCCCCACAGCGCUGUGACGCCCGGCAAAUCACAGAGGAUUGUCUCCCACCACAUGGAACUCUUUUCGGCCACGGUUGUUGUAGCGGUUAGGUGAAACUUUGAUUAGGUGGCAUUUGGCCAAUUCUGCAUGAAUCAGAGCGCUAUUUUCCCAGAAUGAGCUCCCCUUUAAAAUAACAUAUGACUUGUGGAAAUAUAUUACUGUUUGGGGGAUAUUCGUAUGUUGCAUUCUCUGUGUCUGGGAGAUAAUUAGUUUACCGGUUAUCAACUCAAUUAUCUCCCAGACAAAGAGACACCUGGGCGGGCUUACAGGUUCAUGAAUGGAGACCCCAUGCUGUGGGUCUGUGUAUAAAUGUGUGUGAUUUUGGCUGAAUAAAUCAGUUCUUUUUGUACCCUUCAUCAAGUCCUGGCUUAUGUUUGGGUAUGCAAAACUACAGGACCUAGGAGAAUCUAGAGCAGAGGUACUACUAUGGGUACAGGCCCUCCGUUACAGGUAUAAUAAGGUGUGCUGUGAAAGAUGUGUAAAUGGUGGAAGGACUAGCUCACUCAGCUCAAUAUUAAAUUAUAUUAAAUAUGUUAUACAACAUGGAUGAAGGGGCAUUUUUGUAGGCAGACCUGCCCUUUUGAUUUGUGACCCUCCUGGACUUUUGAUCUAUCCCCACAAAAUACAUAUUCAAAAGGCAUGCAUUCUAUAAGUAGCAGGAUAACUUCAAAUGGUGCAGACAAAAUUGCCAAUAGAGUGGGAGAGGUGUGGCCCUCUCCCAUAUAAAACCAUAUGUGUGUCAGGUAUACUCUAUCAUUCAUGCUGCCGCUGGAACCCACUUCCGUGUUCACGGCGCUUAGCCCCGCCCCUUUCUCUGACGCGGUCCUUCCACGAUACUUAGGAAGACCGCGCCAGAUUCAAGGGGCUGGAUUAUUCACUCAGGUGCUGCAUUGAGAUCAGCUGCUCUACUUGAUGCUACCGGCUCCACUCCUCUCCCGACCUCGGCUUGUAAACAGAUUUCUACCUUCUCCACUUCUCGACCUCGGCUUGUAAACAGAUUUCUACCUUCUCCACUUCUCAACCUCGGCUUGUAAAACGGACUUCUACCUUCUCCACUCCCAGACCUCGGCUAGUAAAAACGGACUUCUACCUUCUCCACUCCCAGACCUCGGCUAGUAAAAACGGACUUCCUUACUCUCCACUCCUAACGCUCAGCUUAUUAAUAGAGACUCCUAAUUUCUCCUCCAUUGGGUGAAUUAACCCUUCCAUUGCCAGAACUGCCUCUAAGUUAAGUAAACCUUUUUGCCAAGGAAACCAAUUCAUAUUAAUUAAUUUAUACAGUAUUUAAAUUUCACUAAAAUUCUCUCUUGUCAAUAAUGGAUUGCUACUAAGUCUAAUUCUUCCUGCAUGUGUAUUUAAAGAUACAGUCAACCUUGUUCACUUUAAUAUAAAAGGAGGUGAAACUUAUUGUUUCUGCAGUUGAGUUCCAAUUAAAGAAGUAUUACAAAUAAGUAUCACAAUGUGACCAUGCCCUUGAUGUAUAUACAUCUCCAUUCCAUCAUACUGACUCCCUGGUAUUUGACCCAUUUUUGUCUGUCUUCUCGUCUGUGAACCUGUGCCACCUGUUCUGAUCCUUGGCUUUCCUGACUAUGCGUAUGCUUGCCCAAUUUGGUAACACAUUGGCUUAUUUCUUCCACCUGGGCUCCUCCUAUCAAACCUUAACACCAGCAGAAAAAAAAGAGGAGGGAGAGUGUAAAAAACUAGGAAAGAAAGAGAAAAAAUGACAGUUCACAGAAAGAAGAAUAGAAGAGUAUUGAACAAGGAUAUACAAACAGGUAGGUAUAUAUUUGUUUUUAUCACUUUAUAUUUAAAAAUACAAUAAAGUUAACUGUUACAAUAUACCCCUAUUUUUAUUAUUUUACCUUACCUUGCUGCCAGGGCCAGAUUAAGAGCCCAGUGGGCCUGGUGUUGACAAUUAUGAUGGGCCUAUUUACAAAAUCUUAUCGACCAAAAACACAAAAACAGUCCUAUCUCCCAAGUGUCAUGUAUCUGAUGGAGCUGGUGCUGGAGGAAAACUCAUAGGAUGCAGCUAUGAGAAAACACAUACCCUAUGGUAAUCUCACUCUUUCGUCGUUCAAGUAAAUCCAUACCCACUAAUAGCAGUGUCCAGUAAAGCAGGAAGUCUAUGGACAGGGUAAAAGGGUGGGCCAUUGACGCAAAUCACAUAACCAGAACUGCCGAAAGGGGCAAACAUACCCAAAAAGGGGGCAUGUCUGUGUCCCCAUAUCUCCCAGUGUCCCCAUGUCACUAGGACACUAGGGGACAUUGAGAGACAUUGGGACACUGAGAUACUAGGGAACACUGGGAGACCUGGGGACACUAAGACACUUGGGGACACUGGGAGACAUGGGUGACUUUGAGACAUGAAGGGACAUGGGGCACUGAUACACUGUGAUACAUAGGGGACACUGGAUACUUGAUAAAGACCUGGUUACAGGUCAGAACAUUGCGGUGUCCAAUAAACCUGCUUAAAUCUAUCACAGUGAGUGCCUGAGAUUUUUGUCUUUUAUACUAGGGGACACUGAGACACUUGGGGGCACUGUGAGACAUGGGAACACUGGGAGACUAGGGGACUCUGGGAGACACUGAGACACUAAGAACACAAACACCUGGGACACUGGGAGACAUGGGGCAUCGAGAUACUAGGGACACUGGUUGGGAGACAUGAGGGCACUGGGAGUCGAAACAUUGUGGUGUCCAAUAAACCUGCUUAAAUCUAUUACAAUGAGUGCCUGAGAUUUUUUCUUUUAUACUAGGGGACAUUGAGACACUGGGAGACUAGGGGACUUUGGGAGACUAGGAAACACUGAGACACUAGGGACACUGGCACACCAGUGGCACUGGAAGACAUGGUGACACUGAGAUACUAGGGACACUGGCUGGGAGACAUGGGGACACUGGGAGUGCCCCAUGUCUCCCAGGUCUCAAAGUCGCCCACUGUCCCCAUGUCUCUGUGUCCCCUAGUGUUUGUAUCCCCAUGUCUCCCAGUGUCCCUUAGAGUAUUUGUCCCCAUGUCUCCCAGUGUCCCCAUGUCACUAGGACACACUUAGAGACAUUGGGACACUGAGACAUGGGGACACUGAAAUACAUGGGGACACAGAGACUAGGGAACUCUGGGAGACUAGGAGACUCUGCUAGACUAGGGACACAGAGACACCAGGAACACUGGCUAUGAGACAUGGGAACACUGAGAGACUAGGGGCCACUGGGAGACAUUGGGCCACUGUGUCCCUAGUGUCUCAGGGUCUCCAUGUUCCCCAGUGCCUCAGGGUCCCCAUGUCUCCCAGUGUCCCAAUGUCUCACCGUCCCCAUGUCUCACAGUUUCCCCUUGUGUCUCAGUGUCCCCAGGUCUCCAAGUGCCCCCUAGUGUCUUAGUGUCACCAAGUGUCCCUAUGUCUCCCAGUGUCCCCAAGUCUCUCACCGUCCCCAUCUCUCAGUUUCCCCUAGUGUCUGUGUCCCCAGUGCCCCCUAGUGUCUCAGUGUUCCCAAGUGUCCCUAUGUCUCCCAAUGUCCUCUAGUGUCUCAGUGCCCCCUUGUGUCUUAGUGUCCUCAUGUCUCCCAGUGUCCCCGAGUGUCUGUGUCCCCAUGUCUCCCUACAGCCUUUCCCCCAUACCUCACUUACCUGAGCUGUUGGCUGUCUCUGCAGGCUCAGAGCUGCUGUCGGGACUCUCUGUGCAGAGCUGCUCCCCCGCGGAUCAGUGAGUAGAGAGAGGCAGGGAAGGAGGUGCUGUAACUUUUUAUCCCUACCUCUCUCCACACACACAGCAGAAUAAUCUCUGUUUAUACUGAGACUGACAUUUGUAUUGGCGUUAUUACUGCACUAGUGGCACCGGCUAGGCAGCCUCAAAUACUUGAGAAAUACUUCUGAGAAAUACCUGGCAACCCUAAGAAAUACCUGGCAACCCUAAGAGUAGUGUUUAAAAAAUAUAUAUAUUUUUAAAUGUAAAUCAAUGGGCCUAUUCCAUGGGCUUGGGCUUGGGCCUGGAGCAGCAACUCCAUCAGCCCCUAUGUUAAUCCGGGCCCUGCUUGCUGCUGUUCUGCUACAUCUGUUUCCUGCACAUUCCAGGUGGGGAUUGUACCACCAAAAGCGUAUACUACUAGAGCAAGUCAUUGCUCUGGAAACUGUAAGUAGGAUACCUACUUGUUUUUAUAUCUUAUAUUACUUACAGUAUACUGUGCCAUUGGUUCUUCUUCCUUUGUUUCUUUUAUGACUGCUGAGAAUUGGAUGUCCAACACAAGGAAUACCUAUAUAUCCUAAGACGGGGAUUGUACCGUCCAAACACUAAGCAGCAGAGCUCUUAGUAGAGCUAAAAAGUGUGAGUUAGUCUUUUAUUGGGUUUUACUGAUUUGUUUUAUACACAUUUCUUCUUUGGCAUGGUUUACCAAACCUUUUUCUUCCACAUUUUUGUAUCUUAGCAAGGGUUGGGAAUACUUGCUGGUUCACUGCUGCCUUCCACUCUGUUAUUUUAGUGAGCGCCUAUUCAUUGUUGUUUUGUGAAUAUCCCAUAUUUUAUGAAAGUGGUUUGAGGUUUCAUGGACAAGAGAGGUAAGUCUAUCAAUCUCCACUGCAUUUCUGGUUUUCCUGAUAACUGUGGACAUCAUAGGAACUUGAGCUACACUUCAUAAUUCAUCAAUAGUGUGUCUUGUUAAUAGAGCUAUUUAUUCUGAGCCCUUGUGAGAACCUCCAUGGGUUUAAAGGGGAACCAACUCUAUGGAUCCAUAGUGGCGACGGCAAAAAAAGCCACCCCCCAAACGCCCUGGCAAAUACCUUGCCCGCCUCUUGUCCUGGGGGGCCCAUGAGCUGGCCAGCUGGCCACCUCAAGGCCUCCCCCCCUGCCCUGGCUGGGGGGGACUACACAAAGACUGGAGAAGAGGCUUGAGCCACUACCUGGUUAAUUCAAUUCAUCCAUUCCAUUUUCCUGAGGGUUUAGGGGACCCAAGCUCAUUUAAAAAACAUACCUAUUGCAAAGUUACCCAUUGCUUAAACCUUAGCUGCAGACUACCAAUCUCCGAGAAAAACAUAGUUAUUUUACUUUUCAAAGUCAGCCUGUAAACGUAUAAAAUAUGAAUGAAUAAUAUAUUCACGCUAUCUUUUAUAAUCUUUAUAAUCCCACCAUCAUACCUUUUUGUCUGUUUGUUUGAAGGCAGUUGUGCACCUCAUUAUUGAACACAAAGGCACCUUCUGCUUACACAAAGUGUGAAACAAUUAGAAAAACUGGAUGCACAUAAAUAAUUCAGAUUGCGUGGUUGUGUAAUUUAAAAUGGACUGGUGGAGAAUGGGCUUAAAUAUAUUUCAAUACGCUUUUACACAUUGUUCCUUCUAAUUAGGUUUAGGAUUUAAGGAAUCUUAUAGGGAUGGGAGGAGACAGUUUUAAUUGUUGGCACUCAAGUAGACUAAAAUGCUGACUCUUAUUAAUAAUAUUGAUACUACCUGGCAGAGGCAAAACUACUGUAGGUGCAAUGACACUGUGGCCCACCAGCAUUUAGGGGCCCACACUUGGUAAGAGGACUGUUUGACAGCAAGGUGGUAUAAUAAGGUUUUUUUCUAAAAAUGUCAACUAUUGAAAUCUUACCAUAUUUUGCAAAGAUAGCCAACCGUGACAUCGCCGCUGGGGGUGGCCCUGGGGUGUAGUCAUGGUGAGUUAUAUUUUCCUGAUGCUGUUCACCACUGUCCCACUAUUGUCUUUCUUCUGCUACUGGUACUUUAUCUGUCAGUACAACACUAAUGUAUAUGGAGGCUCUGUAGAUAUGAUCUUGAAACUUGACUUGAUCCACCUUUUUUUAAAGUAGGAUUUUACCAUAAGAUAAUUUUUUGUCUUUUAAAACAUUUUUUUCUAGUAUAUUAAUGAAUAAAGCCCAAUGUGUUACAUUUUUAUUUAUUUAGUAUUUUUGUUUUGUAGAAGAAAAGGCUGUAGAUCUUGAAAUGGCAUUAAAAGAAUCUGGGCCAGGAACUGGCACCUACAUUCCCUGUGACGUAACAAAAGAAGAUGAAAUUAAGGUAACAAAUUGUAAAUUGUUAUUUUGCUUGUUACUGAUUAUUGGUGAUCCCACCCAUCCUGUAGUCCCUACUAAUAAAAAUAAUAAUUGCUUCUACAAUGCGUCAAUAAAUAUUGGAGAUGAGAUAUACGCAUGCACUUCAAAAUGCAGUAUUUGAUUGAAGAGCCAGAUCUGACUCAGUUCUGGAGGUGGGGUGCCCUCUAAUGGCUGUCAGGAAGAAAGCCUCUUGAGAUGUAAAACUGCAAUGUUUUUACAUUGAAAGAUUAAAAUAAUAGGAUCACUGCUCCAAAUACCUCAUUGAGAUUAAGUGGUCUGGGUGCCUUUAGUGGUCCUUUAAUGCGAAUGACUGACAGGACUAAUUAAUACACUGGGAAUUAUAAGAAAUUUACCAUAAACUGGCACAUUUGUUAGCCAUACUAGUCAAAUAGUCUUCUUGGAGAAUAUUUACAGUUUAAUAGUUUUUUUCUAAAAAUGUGAACUUCUGUGUUAAAGGACCACUAUAGUGCCAUGAAAACAUACUAGUUUUCCUGGCACUAUAGUGCCCUGAGGGUGCCCCCACCCUCAGGGUACCACUCCUGCCAGGCUGGAUGGAGAGGAUGGGGUUAAACACUUACCUUUCUAGAGCGAUAGGCUCCCCUUUCGCCGUCAUCGGCUGAAUGCGCACGCGGCUCUUGAAAAUCACAGUGAGAAGCGCGGAAGCGCCUCUAGCAGCUGUCAAUGAGACAGCCACUAGAGGCUGGAUUAACCCUACAUAGCAGUUUCUCUGAAACUGCUAUGUUUACAGCAGGCAGGGUUAAUCCUAGAUGGACCUGGCACCCAGACCACUUCAUUAAGCUGAAGUGGUCUGGUUGCCUAUAGUAGUCCUUUAAAGCAUCAUGGAAGUUUAAGUUCUACAAGAGCUAUGAACCCCUCUUUUGGCUACCCCUUUUUCUAAGAAUAAAAUAAUAAUAAUAAAAUACUCACCUCUUCCAGAGUAAUCAGCUGCUGCUCUCAAUUUCCAAGUUCUCUGGUUUUGAAAAUUGACAUCAUGAAAUGAGCUGCAAGUUUAAGAAAAAAGCAACAAAACUAUCAGAUGCUCACAAUAAAAAAAUAGAUCCAGCUAACCUAAUAGAUGGCUUCAAAAUGAAUUUACAGUAUGCUUGGGCAUGGCAAUGGAAUUUGAUUCAUGCCAAGAAUAAAAUAGUUUUGGUUGAUUUGGGAUUUAUCCAUUUGGCAUUUCGGUUCAGACCAAUUUUGUUCAUGCAGUCAUUUUCGGGAAAAACGAUUUGGACGAACCAAUAUGACGUGAGAAUUGGCCAAUCAGUGCACUGCAAAAUAUAAAUAUUAUGUACUUAUUUUUUCCUUCUAUUGGCCACUUCUUCUCACUUGAUCUGCAAAUCAAAUGGCAAAAAAGUCUAUCAGUGUACAGCAAGCUAUAUACAUAAAAUGUAUCUGUGACUAAAAUCAACAUUUCGUGAUGAUAUUUUUCCCAUCAAUCAUCUUUUUUUUUGGUGAUUCUGAAGGAACGGUUUUGUUUGUUUCUUGAUUCAUCCAUAUAGUGUUUAAGAGAGUUUUCGGUCAAACCACCGGUCGCCUAAAAUCUGGACGAAUUGCAAUUCAUUUGAAACCAAAUCCACAAGUCUAAUUUAGAGCUCUACAGCUUAUUUGAAACAAUGGCAGGUAUAAGAGGGUCUAUGGGACCUGUGUUUGUCUACUAUUAUUUUAUUAGUUUAUUACCUUUCCUUAAUCGCUACCUCUUCUCUCCCUCUCUCAGGAUCUGUUCUUCAUGUCUUCUUAUCUGCACUAGUUUUCUUUAAAACAUAAGACACAGUAAGGAUUAUUUUUCCUAUGCUUGACCAGCAAUGCUUUUUCCAGGGGAAGAGCAAAGUCCGCUUCAUUUCCUGUGAGCGGCGGGUGGGGGCCCUAGUAAAAAUAGGGGGGGGGGACCUAUUGUCCGUCCUCCUGGCAAACACCCAUGAGCGGUGGGCGGGGGCCAUAGAGAAAAUAGUAGGGGAUGAGGAUCUAUUGUCCCCCCAUACCCCAUCCAUGAGCGGCGGGUGGGUGCCCUAGUGAAAAUAGGGGGAGGACCUAUAGUCCCCCGCUGCCCUCCCCAUGAGCAGUGGGUGGGGGCCUAGUGACAAUGGGGGAGGGGCUAUAGAGGGCUCUGAUAGGUAACUCUUGAGCCUUGCCUGAUUGGUUAUUUGCAAGGCUCAAGAAUUACCUAAUUACCUAUCAGAGCACUAUUAUUGGUUUGCUUAAACCAACCAAUCAGAGUCAAAUUGGAGGGUGUGGGAAGGCUUUAUAAGCCUUUCCCCGCCCUGCGCAGCUCAGUCUGCGUGGUGCCCUUGCUGGGUGAAGUUGGAUUAUUAUUAUUUUUUCGGCUUAGUUUUUUUUUUUUUUUUUGCACUCAGGUUUUUAUUUAUUUAUUUAUUUUACAAGUUCGACAGGAAUUAUUGAUUUUUAUUUGGCCUUUUUUUGGGCUGAAAAAAGGUUUUGGAGAAAGAAGACAUCUAAUGGUAAGUAUGAUUUAAAAAAAAAAAAUAUUUACAGGUAUUUAGCUUUUUAUUCCCCCCCUCACUAAUUUUAGGCUGAGGGGGGUAGGAAGGAAUUAAUUUUAUUUGAGGGAGGGUGACUAGGGGCUUGGGGACCACUAGUCACCUUGGGGGGUUACUUUUACAUUUAGCCCCCACCCGCCACUAUUGUCACUUUGGGCUCCCACUCACUGCUCACGGGUGGGGGCAUGGGGAGACAAUAGGUCUCCCCCUAUUGUCCCUAGGGCCCCCACUUGCUGCUCAUGGGUGGGGAAUGGGGGGGAGGCAGUAGGUGUACCCUCCAUGGUCAUUUUGGGCCUUCACCCACUGCUCAUGGAUGGGGGUGGGGGGAGGACAAAAGGUGCAUGAGUGGAGGGCCCACAUGGAGAAUUUUUAAAGGUGCCCCACUAAGGCUGCUCGCUGUUUAGUACACAUGCCCCUACUUGCGGUAUAGCGAGUAGGGCCACAAGGGAGAUUGUAAUCUCCCUUAAUUACUAAUACUAAGUAAUCUUUACUUAAUAUUAGCAAAUUUGGCUGAAAGUCCAAUUUAGGUCCCUCAGCCUUUUAGUAGAGAGCUCCCUAACACCGUGGGAAUUAGGGAGCUAUCUACUUGCGGCACGAAUAGGAUCAGAGUUUCAUUCAUUCUAAUGAAAUUCCGAUCUGAACAAAAACUCACUAAUUGCAUCCUAACAUGAAUGGACAAACUGUUCUCAUUCUGUUAGGACGAAAUGUGGUAGUUUAGCCGGCAUUCGAAUGUCGAAUUAAGCAGCAGGAGGAAGGUGAGAAUUGUGGAAAAAUUGCUGUGACUGUAGGAAAUGGAGACGAUUUUGCUCCUCCACUGGGUCAAAGCUGGUAAAGCGUAGGAAACCUCCAUAAGACAAAUAAUGUCUUAUGUUUUAAAGAAAACUAGAGCAGACAGGAAGAAAUGAAGAACAGAUCCUGAGAGAGGGAGAGAAGAUGAGGCGAUUGAAGAAAGGUACGUUCGGCAUGACAAUGCCACUUUAACAGUCAUUUAAAGCGUAUCUCCAAUGGGAAUAUCUAACUAUGAAAUAAAAAAACACUCUAAAAUUGUAACAUAUUUUUCUAAGUGCCCCUUGACAACAAUUCUUAAGGAAUAAAGUCUCUCAAGUCUUCAUGACAUUUAGGACUAUAGCAGAAGAGGUCUUGAGAAUAAUAAACUGGAAAAAGUACCUAAAAACAUUUAACUUAGCUACAAAAACCUCUUCUUUCCCUUAGGAAUUACCCUAAACCAAACCAAAAUUUCACCUCACCCCAGUGGAAACUAGAUUUCAAAACAGCAACCCCAUUAUUUAAACAUCAUUUAUGCAGCCCAUCUGAUGUCUUUUAAAAUUUCACCUCUUCUCAUGGGAGCAGUAUGUAUAUUUCUGACUUUAGAUUUAUUUAUUUUUUGCUGUGAACUCACUGUGGAUGCUUAAUAACCCAAUAAAAAGAAGAAUUUGCUUUCUUUAUAUUGCCAUUCUUAAAUACAUCUGCCAAAUUAUAUUAGGGAGUUGUCUACAUAGGAUUGGGAGGAUGCGAGGUCAGGAGCACAUGUAGAGGUAAUCUGGUCUACUUAUCUUCCUGCAAUGCACUAUCUAUAAAAGGAAUAUUGUUUAAAUUCUGCAAUACUUAGAUAUUCCGGCUUAUUCUUAUUUUCUACAGGAGUCGGUACAAUAGAUUUUCAUUUGUUUGUAAGAGCGAAAAGUACAUGGUGUAUUUACAUUAGGUGUUGAGUUUACAUAAUUGGUGUUUUUUUCCAUCUCUUUUUCCAUCAUCUUACUUUUUAAGGACUGGAAUAAUUAGAUCAUAAUUCCAAACAUUUAGUGAGUGCACAAUGUUUACUAAAAUAUUCCUUUUGCUAUUUCUGAAACGCCAUUCAUUUAAAUAUUUGAUGAAUUCCUUUCGACCAAAUUGAAAAUCUUGUGUCUUCGAUUUCUGUCAAUGUUUUCAAAACACUGUUCAAAAUAACAGACUGUUUAACAUCUUUAAAGUGCUUUCCUUCUCUUUCAUUAUUAUUUAAAAAAGUAAGUUCUUUCUAAUAAUUUAGUAGGUUUCCGGCAUUGUCUUCAAACACUAUUUAGUUUUCAUAGUGAGUAAGACAGUCUUCUCUAACUGACAAUCCAGAUAUGUUUCAUACCAUUCCACUUGGCGUUAGGAUCUGAGAUUCAAUAUGUGUUUUUUUUAUAGUUUAGAAGAUACAAAUAAACAGUAUAAUAAUUAGACAUUAAUCUCAUUUGAAACAGAGACUAAUUGAAGUAACAGUGAAGACACACGGACGAAUUGACUGUCUCAUCAAUAAUGCUGGUUGGCGUAAGUAUUGUGAAUGUCAAUAUAUGUUUUGUAGACAUUCCCUUUGAAUUGUAGUUUUUGGACUAGUUUGUUGAAGAAGACUGUUCUGCCCACAGAAGCAUGGUGAAUUUCCCCCCUGAAAUGCUUAUAUUUAAAGAAUUGGCAGAAGCCGUUUUUUGCUAUAAGAAACAUCUACUAAUAAUUUUACCACAUGACAGGAGGCUUCGUAAGACACCCACACACACUCACUGACAGACACACUCACACAUUCACUGACAGUCAGGCACACACACUUACAGAUAGACACAUUAACAGACACACACACACAUACUCACUGACAGACACUAACACACACACUUGCUGACAGACACACUAACAGAAACACACCCAUACUCACUAACAGACAUGGUGUCUCAGUGUCCCCAAAUUUUUCAGUGCCCCCAUGUCUCCCAGUGUCUCAGUGUCCCCAUGCCUCCCAGCCAGUGUGCAUGGUGUCUCAGUGUCCCCAUGUCUUCCAGUGUCCCCAAAUUUUUCAGUGUCCCCAUGUCUCCCAGUGUCCCCAUGUCUAUGUCCACAAGUGCCCCCAUGUCUCCCAGUUUCUCAGGUGUCCCCAUGCCUCCCAGCCAGUGUCCCUAGUGUCUGUGUCCUCAUGUCUCCCAGUGUCUGUGUCCCCAUGUCUCCCAGUGUCCCGAUGUCUGUAUCCACAAGUGCCCCCAUGUCUCCCAGUGUCCCCUGGUGUCUCAGUGUCCCCAUGUCCCUCAGUGUCUCCUAGUAUCCUAGUGACACUGGAAACACUGAGACAUGGGGACACAAGGAGAAAUGAGGAUACUGAGACACUGGGAAACUAGGGGACUGGGAGACAUGGGGACACUGACACUGUGAUACAUAGGGACACUGAUGCCAGGCUGGCCUUCCAAUUCUUUAAACAGACAUGCCCCCUUUAUGGGCAUGUUCGCCGCUUUUGGCAGUUCUGGUCACUUUUUUCACGUCAGUGGCCCACCCUUUUACCCCGACCAUUGACUUCCUGCUUCACCGGACACUGCUGUUAGGGGGUAUGGAUUUACUUGAAAGAUUAAAGCAUAAAUUAGAGAGAGAUUAGUAUAGAGUAUGUGUUUUCUUAUAUCUGCAUCUUUUGAGUUUCCCUCCAACACCAACUCCAUCAGAUACAUGACGCUUGGGAGGUAUGACUGUUUUAGUGUUUUUGGUCAGCAGCAUUCCUUGGGAUAGGACACUAGUUAAAUCAGUAGAGUGGGUGUGGAAAUCAUAAGAAAGAAAAAGCAGGUUAACGUGAAAAAAGAAAAUAUAUUUACCUGCAUUUUUUCAUCCUGCCAAGUGAGACAACAGUAUUAAUCAAAGCUAAAGCUUUUGAAUGAGACGGUUGUCUCAAUGUGAUGCAUGUUCCGUUAAUCAUAAGAAUAUCCGGUAACUAAAGAUGGAUAGCAAUAUACCUGUCUCACUAGGAGGGACUCCAUUAAAGUGAAACUUUUAUCAUUACAAGUAUCAGUAGUAAGUCUGUUGCACAGAUACUUACACAGGGCACAAACAAAUAAAAAGACACCAUAUGUCUUUAUAGAACAUGAAAAAUUAAAAAAAAAUUAUAAAUAUAACUCUUCAACAAUUUAGAAGAUACAUGUAUUUGAAUACAGAUGUCAUGUUUUUCCAUAAAUAUAAGUAGAAAAACUAAAAAAGGAGAAUGUAAUAAAAUACAAAUUUUAUCCUAAUUUCUAAAAUAAAAUUCGUCUGAAUACUGGCUCAACCAUUUCCACUUAAAUAUGUAUAGCCAAAUAUGGUAGAAAAAUACUUCUAACUUACACUGUGUAACACUUUAAAUAUAAAGGAUAACAAUAAAGCCAAUGUAAAAAUUCAUAUUUGAAAUAAAUAUUACUAUUACAUAUGCUCCAUUAUAAAUGGCUAUUAAUAUGUUAUUAGAAAGAAAUAUUAUAAUAUAUUAAUUUUUUCUAUUUAAAUUCAAUAUAGACAUCCAGUCCACUUCCACAGAAAUUGCAGAGGAAAACUCUGCUAUUCAUAUCAGAUGGUUUCAAAGAGACCACCUGAUCGGCGUAGCGCUGCAUUUUGCUGUGCAUGCACACUAGCCUCCCAAUGCUUUCCCAUAAGAAAGCAUGAUCUCAGUCAAAUAGGCAGAGCAGCACACCGGAGACCAGCACUGCAAGGGAGAAAAGGUAAGUAAAGUCACCUUUUUAAUAGGGAUUGACCAAUUAUCGGUCUGGCCGAUAUUCUUUAUUUUUGGCAAUAUCGGUAUCGGCCAAUAAAGUUACCAAUAUUGCCGAUCAGGACCACCAGGCCCAUGACAAGCUUGCUGGUCCUGGGUGGCCCAGCAAGCUCUUACUUUCCUUGCCAGCAGCUCCCUUCAGCUCCCCUGUCUAAAUCUCGUGAGUCCCGUGGCUGUCAGAGCGUAGCCACGGGUUACCAUGGCAAUGCUCUGCGCAGCACGCAGGUCACGAGAGUUAGACAGAGGAGCUGAAGGGAGCAGCUGAGAAGGUAAGUGAGAGCUUAGUGGGCCCCUACUGCACAGUCCAUGCCACUGGACCACCAGGGAAUGCUAUAUCCCCCCUCCCUGGCCAAGUAAAAAGCAGGGAGGGGGACAAAAAAACUAUAAAAAAAAUGUAAUUUAAAAAAAAAAAAAGUUAAUCAAAUAAAAAUGCCCCACCAUUUUACACACACUACAUACCUACACAAACACACACACACACUCUGCAUUAUAUACACACACACUACACAAACACACACUCUCCAUUCUUUAUAUACAGUACACAAACACACACACACACUCUGCAUUCAUUAUAUACACACUACACAAACACACUGCAGGGAGGGGGGACAAAAAAAACUAUAAAAAAAUGCAAUAAAAAAAAAAAAAAGUUAAUCAAAUAAAAAUGCCCCACCAUUUUACACAAACUACAUACCUACACAAACACACACACACUGCAUUAUAUACACACACUAUACAAACGCACACAAACACACUGCAUUCACUAUACACACAUUACACACACUGCAUUCACUAUAUACACAUACUACACACACUGCAUUCACUAUACACACACUAUACACACUAAACAAACACACUACAUUCACUACACACACUGCAUUCACUUUACGCACACUACACACACACUGCAUUCACUAUAAACACACUAUAGAAAUAGUUAUUUUUUUAAAUGGUAAAUGUGCAGAAUAUCGGUAAGUUACCGGCUAUCGUCCUGAAAGUUCACAGAUUAUAGCUAUUGGCUCUAAAAAAUCAAUAUCGGUCGAUCCCUACUUUUUAACCUUUGCUGCCAGGCCCAGUCACCUAAACGGUAACUAGGGCACUGCAGCGUUGGGGAUACACAUUUGUAUAACACAUAUCAACAUUAUUCCAACAUGAACCAACUUUAAGUGCCCAAACAUAAAUUAACCACGGCAGGGGUAUACCCGGAUACCCCUACCCCACCAGGUUCUGAGCCACCAACAGGACUCGAAACCUACCAACCGCCAAUGACCACGAUUUUACAUUUCCAUCAUGUUCCUCAUGGGGAGCCUAUUUCUUCUCCUUCACCUUCCUAUCCCGCCACAAGCUCAGACCUUGACCCCUUAAGCCGUCUGAGCUCCGCCACCCUGAAGAAAAAGUACUUUCUGCAUCCCUUCCUGCCAACCCAAGUUCAGUAGGUCCCAUCCCACUGCAGAGAGAUGAACACCAUCCGGGUGGUAGUACCCCUGCAGCCCACCUUCCAACUCACCGUGCCGCACUACCACACCCCCCAAUUUCCUAACGAAGCUUGCCAUCAAGCUGUUCACUUUCUUCCUGCACUUGUCCAUGGCCCCCGGGUCCUGUGCGUGGCGCCAUCGCUGCCUCGGGACCAUCUCUGACCAUACCAGCAUCACUCCAGGAAGCAGGUCCCUCAGUUUGUUGAGGUCCUGCUUCAUCCACUUCACCAACCGACGCUGCGGCGUCAAGCCUAGGUCGUUGCCCCCGGCAUGGAGGAACAGCAGAUCCGGCCUCUGCCUGCCAACCACCAUCCGGAACACCGCCCCACAAACAUCUCCUCAGCAACCUCCCCUGUACCCAAACCAUCGCACUGCCAGGUGGUCCCUUGGAAAGCCCAGCUUCUGGCCUUGAGCUCAAGCUGCAGCCCUCCUUUCGGCCUCGACGACAAAGGAAUGGCCCACGAUCUAUGCGACACGGCCUGGGGAAGAAAUAAAUAAACUGUAAGACACCCCCAUCCCUGUCUGGAUCCCCAACGGCCCAUCUAAUUAAUCCAAUAAGCCCAAACGAACAUAGGAAUGGAAGCUCACAGACUCCCAUCUCCCAAUCCGUUUCACUAAAUCAUCCCCCAAACCCAGGUGUGUGGCCUCCGUGGCCGCCCCGAUACAGAAGGAAUGCAUCCCAAACCUAUCCGCAUUUAAAACCAGUUUCCCCAGGUCCGACCGAAAGACUUUGGUUAAUUGGAACCGGGACAGGGAGGUCCCGUCCGCCUGUACCAAGAACGAUCCCCCACCCACCAGCCUCUUGGCCACGUACUCCGCCACUGCGGCCACUGGGCACAGCGCGGAGCCCGGCAGGGCCCCCAGUGUCACGUCACAGCCCACCCCUUUGACAUCCGUCUUGGACUUGACCAGGUGUACCACCAACCUUCCUUCCAGAACCCGAACUCCCGAAACCUGCAGACCCCCUGAAGCCGCCCGAGUGGCACUUACCAAUUCCCCAAUCCGGAAGGCCCCGAAAAAGGCCAGGAGGAAAGCAGCCCGGAACAGCGACACCUCAAACCUGUUGAAACAAAUCUCCGGCAAGAUCCGUAUUAGGUCCCCCAGCACCUGUACCGACACCGGGCGCCUAGUAUCGGGAGAUCUGUGGCCCCUCCGGUACCUUUUGAGCACCUGCCUAAUGACGAAGGUCUUAGUCAGAUCCUCCUUCCUGUGUAGCUUAAACCAGAAUGCCAUUGCCGCCAUGGACCUGUCAACCACCGCGGGGGACGCCUCCCCCGCCAGUAGUCGAAAGGCGAACCACAGAAAGGCGUCAAGGAGCGAUUUCCCCACUAACACUCGAUCUAGCCCUUUUAACAAAUGUUCCCAAGAACGCCAGACCUUAUUGUAGGCGGCCCAAGUGGCCGGCGACAGCGAAGCCUUCACCAAUCCCCCAAGCAAGACGCUCCUAGUUGCCAUAUCUCGUCCGGGUGCUUCUGGCCCGUUUCCAGUUCCUCCGGGGCCGCCGUCCGGAAUCGGGACCACUGAAAGCGAGAUAAAGCGUCAGCCACCGCAUUCAAGUACCCGGGCACAUAGCGCGCGCGAAAGACUACGUUAAGUGACAUACACAUUAAAACAAGGCGCAGCAGCAGCUUAACCACUGGUUUCGAUGCCGCGGACUGGUUAUUGACUGCGUGCACCACGGACACAUUGUCUGAGAAAAAGGCCACCUUCCAAUCCCUCAGCCCUUCUCCCCACAGUGCCAUCGCUGCGGCUAAAUACCCUACCCAUUGGGAUCACCCGGUACGCAAAGUUGAGCAUUCCAACCAGCGAUUGCAAUUGACGCAGGGUGACCUUGCGCGCUCGCGCCACUGCUGCCACCACACCCCGCAGCCUCCAGUUUCGCUACCGGCAGCCGAAACUCCCCGAGCAUAGAAUCUAUCUCCAGCCAUCAGGCCAUCUGUUUUAUCCGCUGCCAGCAGCACCCCGAAGUGGCCCGCCACCCAUUCGACGGUUCUCAGCACGUGCAGGCACGCAGGGGAUUCCGCCGGCCCCAUGCAGAGAAAGUCAUCCAGGUAGUGCACCACCACUCCGCUUGCCGACUCAACCCGCACCACCCAUUCGAGAAAGGAACUGAAUUUCUCAAAGUAAGCGCAAGAGAUGGAACGUCCCAUCGGGAGGCAUAAGUCCACAAAAUAUCCCCCCUCGAAGAAUCACCCCAACAGGUGAUGACAAGCCGGGUGGACCGGAAGCAGCCGAAACGUGGCCUCAAUAUCCACCUUAGCCAUCAGCUCGACCGCCUGGUCGAAUGAUGCAUAAGAGACUGAGCACAGAGCCCUGACGAUAUCGUCGUUCACUGACGCUACAUUUGGAUAGGAGAGGUGGUGAAUGAGCCUGAACUUCCCCGGGUCCUUCUUGGGAACGGGCCCGCCAUCCUACCCAGCAGCACCUCUUUACUCAGUUUAUCCCACACUACUCCCGGGAACUCCGCCACCGAUCUUAGGUUGCGCAGUCCCACCACCCCCAACUCUUUCCAGGAAGGGAAUAAAGAACCCUUGCCCAAAGCCCGCCUUGAGCACAGCGUUAUCCGUCCUAUUACCGUAGCGGCUUAGCCGCGGCUCCAUCGUGUCUAGCCUCACCGGGGUUAAGCCCCGGGGCAGGGGAAGCCUCCCCUCCCCCGGCCAUGGUAGAGACUCCGGCAUUCCCCGACUUUCCUCUUUUAAAACAUCGGUUGAGCCCAUGGGUGCCGCCACAGCCUGAGCACUCAUGUUUAAAGCGACAGGUGGCUCCCCAUUUGCACUGGCCCUCGCUGAAGAGCCAGCAUAAGCCCUUUUGAAUGGUGGCCAACGAGGCGGACUGCCCCUUUGCGCCGGCCAUGUGCUGAAAGGACUGUGCUUUCUACGCCAUCAUUAGUUUCAGCCAAAACUAAUGAGCCGAAACUGCUCAUCGUACCGCCACCAUGCCAAUCCACCAUAGGUGCGGUACGCUUCCCAAAUUCCAUCCAAGUAGCAGAACAGGGAGGAGCAUAAACCGGGAGAUUUCUCGCCCAAUACACUGGCCAGCACGCAAAACGCCCGUAACCAAUUCCCGAAAGAUUUUGGUAUCUUCCGAUACCGCUUCCAUUUCUCUUCCUCCUCCUUCUUAUCUUUCUUAUGAGAGAUGAAACCCAUGACCCCAGCCCCCUGUGCCCACACCCUUCCUACACUGCCCCCUGCGCCACCCCCCGCUCCCAGUGAGUUGAGUAGUGUCUGUAGCGUGUGAACUAGUGUGCUGGAUUGCAAUGAUUCACAGGACUCAUCGGCCAAGCCCCCCAUCCCAGGAGCGCCCGGGGCUGCAGUGCCAACCGCCACUUUUCCAGGAUGAGCGACAUCCGUCAAUGCUCCGCCGACCGGGGAGCCAACCCGGUGCCUUGCCAACACAGAGGAGGAGCGGCUCCGAGAUCUGCAACGAGGAGAAGAAGUCCUGGGUAGGGUGAACCGUUCCCUUGCUACCCUCCCGUCCCAACCCAGGGAGCGCCUGCUAGCCACCAAAGCCUCCUGCCGCAUGGCCCCUUUGCUGCGUGCCUUAGAGGCCCGGGCAGCCCCCCCCCGGGACUACGACUCCUACCAUCCCUACCCGAGGACCACCCCCAUCUACCAUGCCUGGGGGACCUAACCCUUUCCCCUGCAGAGCUAUCUGAAGUGGACCAGUCGUGCCGUGCCCCACCCCUUGCCCCACCAGCCCUCUUGGCCCUAAUGGGUGAAAUGCUAACACUGCUAGACCCGGAGUCCCCCCUUGGACUACGCCCCCCACUGCUGCCUACAUUCCUGGGAUGAACCCCACCCCCUGCACGAGGGUGCCCUCCGGCUAUCAUAACCUCGCUGUGCCAGCACCUCCUGCCCAGCCACUGCCCCCCCAGCCGUCCUCUUCUCCCUAAGUGACCCUGACUGUCCCUGGCAUGCAGGCCCAAUCCUAGCCCCCCCCCCGGAGACCCCUCUCGAAUCCCAACCCCAUUGCUCCACAGACGCUGGCCCACCGCCACCGGUCCCUGAGCUCACUUGUGCCUCCCCCAGUUCUCCCCACCCCUCCCCCUGUGACCCAGUGGGUGCCAGCCUGCUCUCCCGCACCUCCCCCGCCUAUGACUCCCCAUCUGGGCUCCCCCUUUGCCCGCUCGCCAAGGGGGCCCCUGUACUCACCUGCCAUUCCGGGGGCCUGCUGUGUUUCCUCCCUAUUCCGGCCCCGUCAUCAGUGGCCUCCGAUGGAGGGGGUGCCCUCCCGGGCCGCGACCCUGCGCCUCCGGUCACUCCAGGGGGCGGCCCGACAUCCACCGCAGUCCCCGCUCCCGGCGCGGCCCUUCCCGACCUGGGAGCCGCACCGUCUCCAGUCCGGGCAGCCGCCCAUCGCGUGGUGCAUACCCGAGGUCACGGCAGCACGUUGGGAGGCUGGGCCUCGACCAUGCGGCCGCCGGACCAGGAGUGCACACAAACUCAGCCAGGUAGGAAAUUAAAAGUGAUUGCUCUAAAAUGGCUGCCUAUUUAAAUAGCCAGCCCACUUACCCAUAACUUCAAUCCCUGCUUCCUUCUUCCUAUGCCAGCCUCCUAACCCCUGUCAAGGCCCUUUUCCGCUAAGCUGCGCUUUUGCUACAUGGGGCUACAUGAGGGCACCAGACACCAGUGAUAAACAUAACGGAUAUAUAAUUACCAAUCUUUUAAUUAGAAUUAUCCUGCAUAGAACUCAUAAGAGGAAUAUGGGAGAGAAUAAGAUCAUAGAGUAGUACAUUUAUUGCACAUAAAAACCACACUCACAAGAGAACUGCCUCAGAUCAAGUAGAGAUAUGCAAAAUUUGCUUUGGCUUACACUUGGGCUAGAGACAGUGCCACUGCCACACAGCUAUCAACAAAGUCCAGCCAAGUCUCUUAUUUUUACACUUUUUGGUUUUACAUUUUAGUAGGAGGUCAUUUGGGAAUGGGCUUUAGAGUGCAUUCACCAGGUUCUCAAACUGUCCAUAUCAUUAUAUCAAAAUGUCUUCUUACUUGAUAAUUAUCUUAUUUUUUAGUAAUGUCAAGUAUAUGUUCUCUAAUUCUCUCUUUUAAUUCUUAGUCUUACCAGCAUACUUAGUCAUACACUUGAGGCACUUAAUGAGGUAUUUGGCAUUGUUAGUUUUACAAUUAAUGUAGUAAUGAAUAUAAUAAUUUUUCAUCUUUGUUGUAGAUUGAAAGGUAGGUCCUUUGAUUGCAUAGGGACAGCAUUUACAGCAACCUCCAUAUUUGUACAAAUCCAUUGAUUUUUAGCUGCACAUUCUUAAAGGGAAAGAUCCCAACGUAUGAGCUAAGUGUGCAUUGCAUAAUUGUAUGAUUUUAGCUAUAUUUUUAAAGGAGCACUGUAGUGUACAAAUGUGCAUUCCUAAUGCCAUCGUUUUAAUCAACCUAUUCUGGUUUCCUACACAGUGUGAAGGUUUGAAAGGUGACAUGUACUCACCUUACAGCCCUCGCUGCACCAUUCUACAUGAUGCUGCUCCACCUCUUUCACUGAGAUCAUCGGUAUUGAUGAUCUCGGCCAAUCCUAUGUUUUUUAUAGGGAAACAUUGGGAGGCUAGUGCACAUGUGCGGCAAAAUGCCACGCUCUAUUAGACCAUCUGAUUGGAUAGUCGAGUUUAUUGGGGUGGCAGCAUCUCUAGUGUCUGUCAGGAAGACAGCCACUAGAGACAUGUUAACUUUGCAAACGGCAGUGUUUUCAGUUGCAGUGUUAAAAGAAGUGGUCUGAGUGCCUAUAGAGUCACUUUAAUUUCUAAACUGUACUGAGAACAAAAUAUAUGAUCCUGAUCUUUCCAAAUUGGAGAUUUUCCAAGAAAAUUUAUUUCGUUAUUUCCAUUACUGGACUAAUCAUUUUGAUUUCCUAUAAUUUUCACUAAUAAUAUUAAGUUGUCCUUUAGUAGAUUCUUACUGUUAAAUGGAUAGAUAUCCCCCCCCUUUUUUUUCUCCCCCACCUCCCAGUUUUCCCCCUUCCUUUCCCUUCCCUAAUAUAUUGUUCUUUAUUAUUUGUAAAUUCUGAAAAAAAUUUCAAUAAAAAUUAUUUGAAAAGAAGUAGAUUCUAUGUGUAACAAUAUAAUCUGAAUUUCAACAUCUAUUCAAACAAAAAAUUAUAGUCGUUGUCAUUAAACAAAUUGACAAAUACUUUAUGACCUUCUUUAACUCAACAUUCCCAACCCAAUGAUCAACUCACUAAAUUUUAAUCGCUCAGUCCUAUAUCCAUAUCACUAUAAACAAUUUCAAGAAAUGGGUCAUAAUAAGGUGAAACACAAUCCUAUAACUGAAUUCCAAGUUUUGUAAGCACUAUAGGUAUUACACUACGACAGUUUACAGUUACUAACAAUUUUUAGAUAUUCAGAUCCGGUCCGGUGUAUGUAGCAUUGCCGACUGGUCUGACAGAAAUUGCUCACUGAGAAAGUGGGCUGUGCGGGAAGGGAAUGGGAUACAUAGAGCUGUUGGGGUGAGGGAAUGGGACACAUGGAGGAGCUGGGGGGAGGAUGGAAUGGAACAAAUGGAGGGAAUCGGAUACAUGAAGGGGCUGUGCGGGAAGAGAAUGGGAUACAUAGAGGUGUUGGGGUGAGGUAAUGGGACACAUGAAGGGGCUGGGGGAGGUUGGAAUGGGACACCUGGAGAAGCUGGAGGGAGGAUGGAAUGGAACACAUAGAUGGAACUGGACACAUGAAGGGGCUGUGCAGGAAGAGAAUGGGAUACAUAAAGGUGUUGGGGUGAGGUAAUGGGACACAUUGAGGGGCUGAGGGUGAGGGAAUGGGACAAAUGGAGGGAAUGAAGGUGAGGGAAUAUGGCACAUGGAGGAGCUGGGGGAGGGAAUGAGACAUAUGGGGGGUCGGGGGCGAGGGAAUUAAACACAUAUAUGGGCUCUGGGAGUAAAAAUUAGAUACAUGGAGGGUCUUAUAGGGGAGGAAAUGAGACACAUGGAGGGGCUUUGGUGGAAGGAAAUGAGAAGCAUGGAGGGGCUUUGGGGGAAGGAAAUAAGACACAUGGAGUGCAUUUGGGAGGAGGAAAUGAAAUACAUGGAGGGGCUGGGGGGAGAGAAUGAGACAUAUGGGGGCUGGGGGCGAGGAAAUGAAACAUACGAAUGGGCUGGGAGGGGCAUAUGAGACACAUGGGGAAGGAGCACCAGGGCCUAAUAGUUUCUAGUUAUGCCUCUGGCUAAAGGAAAAUGAAAAAAAUUCUAUAAAACUAAAGAUAUAUAUAAUAAUAAACAAAAAUAAUUAUCCAGUCCAAGCAAGCAAAAUAAAUAGCAUGAUUCUAAAAUACUUGCAUGAUGUGUUAAAAUUGAAGUAAUUAAUAUACAUUUGUAUUUAUGUAGUUUAUUCAUUUUAAUUCUAGAUCCUCCAGAUCAGACAAUAGAUGACACGAGUGCACAGGAGUUCCAUGACCUGUUGAACUUAAAUUUAAUAGGAUACUUUCUCACAGCAAAGGUAUGUGUGAAAAGGCAUUCUGGGGCAACAGUCUAAGGAAACAGAAAGAACAUUUCAUUAGUGGUUGUUCCACUUUUAGAAACAGUUGAUCUUAAAGGGGCAUUCUAAGAACCAUAAGUGGUACAGUUCAUUCAAGUGAUUAUGGUUUGAGAAGUCUUUGAAUGCCAUUUCAACAGUUAGUAAAGGGGAACAGCUUUGGAAUAUAUACCAUUGAAUAAAACAUUAAAAAUAACUAUUUUAUGAGUUCAGAUUUUUUUUUAAUUUAUAUUAAAUGUUUAGCAUGUGACACAGGGCCAGAUUUCCCAAUAAGCAGUGAAUCUGUGAAUGGCCCCACCACCUCAGUCUGGACACAGCAAUCUCCUGGUGGGAGAGGGGAGAGGACUGGUUUGGAGAAGGGAGAGGAGUUGUGCAUGAAUGUACGCACACACAGCUAUACAUGCUGCUACCCAGAUUGUACACACACACACUAUGACACAUAUUACUUGCAACACUGUUAUGUACACUGCUACUCAAAUUGCUGCCCACACUAUUACUCACUCACUACUGCACAUACAGUACUGAUAUUACCAGCGCGAUUACACACACUGCUAAACAAACUACCCACACUGUAAUACACACACACUCACUGUAUAUGUGUGUGUAAAUACAACAUUUUUGUGCCAUAUUUAAAUGGUCAAGUUUUUAUUAGUUUAGAAGUGGGAUUGGGAGGCGCACUGAGAAUUCUGUGCCUAUAGGCCCUUGUGAUGUAAAUUCAGCCCUGAAAUAACAUCACAAUGCAGUUCAGACAAGGCAAAUGAGCAGGAGAUAGAGAAACAAUGUUUAAUGUUCCCCAAUUCCACCCAAUUGCAGCAUAGGUAUGGAUUUCUAGAUUAAAUGUCACAAUCUUUUACAUGUCACAAAUACAUAUUUGUUAAUUAUAGGGACAAAUAAACAUAAUGUUAGAAAUCCUGAGAUGUGACUGUCCCCUUUAACAUAUUAGAAAAUGAUGAUUAAAUUACAAUAAAGCAAACACCAAGAAUGUUUGCAUAGCUUGGUUAGAUGAAAAAAAAUUGUUAUCCUGUUAAUCAUUUGUAUUUAAUUGACUUAAUUAAGUAAAUUGCAUGUGGCAAAUCUGCUUUCAGUUCACAAGUCAGAUGCCUUACUUGCUUUAAUUGCUUCUCUUUUGUGAGCUGCUGUUUAUUUUGAUAUCUUGCAGUAUGCUUUACCCCAUCUAAGAAAGACACAGGGAAACAUUAUCAACAUUUCAAGCCUCGUUGGAAUCAUUGGUCAAAAAUAUGCAAUACCCUAUGUGGCCACGAAGGUAUAUUUUUAUGUUUUGGGAUGGAUUUAUGUAGAUAUUCAGAUGUUGGCUGAAUUUUUACUUCUCAUUUAUCAAUGAUAUAUUCUCCUCUUAUAGGUUCUCGUUAAUCUUCAUAAUCUGCAUUUACAUUUUUUUCCUGCAUUUCAGAUUGCCAACCCUAUUCAUAUAUCUUUUUCUCCAUUAUUAAUUAUCAAAGUUACACUCACUUCUCCCUCUGUGUUUCACACUAGUUUAUUCUUUAUCCCCACCACACUAGAAGUCUCUCUCUAACUUCAAUCUCAGUAAUCACUUAUUCAGAACAAUGGAAAAGGGCUCUGAAAUCAGGACUGCAAUGCUGGAUACGGUUAAAUUGGGAGGUGUACACUGAUAUCAGUGCUAGAUUCAACAAGUUACAUAGUGGUAAUGUCACUUUGUUACUUAGAAUCUGUCAAAAUAGUGUAUCCAGUGAACCCAGAACUCCAAGAACCUCAUCAUUUUAGCCAUCAUUACACUAUCAGUGAGAAUCAAUGAUCAGGAUCAUGGUAUUAACAAUCUAAGCACCAUACAUGGUAUGAACAAUCUAAGCACAGAUACAUGGUAUAAACAAUCUAAGCACCAUACAUGGUAUGAACAAUCUAAGCACAAAUACAUGGUAUCAACAAUCUAAGCACCAUACAUGUAUCAACAAUCUAAGCACAUAUACAUGGUAUCAACAAUCUAAGCACAGAUACAUGGUAUCAACAAUCUAAGCACAUAUACAUGGUAUCAACAAUCUAAGCACAGAUACAUGGUAUGAACAAUCUAAGCACCAUAAUUUGAACAGUUUAACUUCUUACUUGGGGUCCACAGGGCACUGAUCUCCUUACACUAUUAAAGACAGAGAGCCAGAAAUUCCUAAGCAGAAACUUCGGUUAGUUUUCCUGAGGUUUUAGAAGUUCAUACUUGGGAACUUCUGACACUCCGAUCUUAGUAAUCAAGAUAGAGAACAGUGCCUGGAUAUUUAAAAUCAUUUCACCACUUAUAAUGGGAGGCACCAGUGUACUCCUGGCACUACUAUAAGUUCCUUCUUUAAUUGGUGAUUACAGUUGGAUUUAUUAUUCUAAUUUCCCUUUGAUUUGGCUUUCCUAAAAAUCUGGUUGACAAAUGUGAAUUAGUCCAAAAUUUCACAAUCGUAGACAAAUUUCCUCUAUUAGCAAGUAAUCCAUAAUGGUAGAAAGGACACAUUUCAAACGGAAUACUGAAUAAUCGAUUGGUACUUUGCGGGAUGUAUUUGUAUUAGGGUGCCAUCACUGCGAUGACAAAGGCCAUGGCUGUGGAUGAAAGUCAAUAUAAUGUGAGGGUUAACAGGUAAGUUAUUUAUUCAUUUUAAAAUCUUAGAAAACCAAUUAAAUGUACAAUUCCCAGGGGGAUCAGAUAAACGGUUUGAGUAUGAUUAAGUUUUCUAAUACUAACAAUUAUAUUCCAAGAUAUUUUUGAAAAUCUGUGAGAGCAAAAUGUACCCUUCUUUUUCCAGCUCAGCCAUUUUAUCUUAAGUUUUGUGAUUCCUUAAAAUGCUUUUUCCAGUUCAGCCAAUUAAAUACUAAAUUUUGUAAUUCAUCACAAUUUUGAAGUGUAUGAUUAACAUCACAGGCUACCCCAUCCACCCAAAAAAAAUAAAAAUAAAGAAAUUUUAUUUAUUUUAAUUUAUAAGGCAAGAUACUGUUUAACUACCAUUUGUAUACUAUGUUGUAAACAUAAUGAAGACACUUUUAUGUUCCAGUAUCUCUCCUGGUAACAUAUGGACCCCGCUGUGGGAAGAACUCUCAAGCCAUUCAGCUAAUCCAGAAGACAUGGUCCUUGGAGGCAAAGAUGCUCAGGUUAGGAAAGAUCUCAAACAAAGGGUUGAGUUAUGCCAGAUGCUUAUUCCCCUGGCUGUUCGGUUCUACUUAUUUUGUAAAGUGCUACAGAAUCUGUUGGCGCUAUAUAAAUGGCGAUAAUAAUAAUAAUAAUACUUCAAAUAUUGAAUAAGGGUAGGCUCUGCCAAAGUAACAUUAACAUGAGAAAAUCUGAAUAGCCAAAUACUUCAGACAUUUUAAAAUUUUAAACACUCAAAAAACUGCAACCUUUCAACUCAUUUAUGGGUGUUUAACAAGGCUCUUGAGUGGGUUAAAAAGUUGCUUUUUGUUUGGUGGAAUAAUGGUCCAUAUAAAAUUAAUAUAAAAUCCUACAGAAUGUUUGGGGUGUUCUGUUAUAUGGAAAGAAAUAAGAAUAUACUUCUGUGUGAAAUAACCGCUAACUCCAGCAUAAUAAUCCACACAUGUGAUCACCAUCUUAACUUAAAGUAAGAUUCUGUAUUCCUUUACUUUUUUAAAGGAUAGGUGGCAAAAGAGUACUUAACUAGCUCAGGAUCUGUUCCAAAUCCUACUGGUUUUCUGAUGCAUAGUUUGGUUCCCUGCCAUUCUGGCUGCCUAGAGACUCUGCAUACAAAAUAUAGGGUGAAUCCAACUAGGGGAAAUAUGAAUAAAACAUAGCGCAACUCUGUAGAACCCAAAUAGAGUAAUUAUUUGUGCCAAUGGUCACUCACACUUUUUAUUGAAAAAAAGGUCAUUCAGCAAUCUUUGGAGAUCUAAAGUUGUGUCUCUCUCUUGAUUGUUGAUAUUGCAGGUCUCAGUAGCAUGUAAAAUAGAGUGCAUCCAAAAUAAAGUAACUGAAUAUUAAAGAAGAGUAUAAAAAUAUUUAUUACUUACACAGAAGUAAAAAACAGCCAGCAUCAAAUACAGGCAAAAUCAAUCCAACGCGUUUCAUCCCACUCAGGAACUGCUUCUUAUUCAAAAGACAGCUCUGCCGGGUUCCUCUCGCGAGAGUGAACUCUAGCCCCACAGGCUAAAGUUCACUUUCCACUAGAAACCACCAGGGAUGGCAGCACGGUCCCCCCCUCCCAGGCAAAAGGUAAGAAGGGAGGGGGGAUAUAAUGCUUCACACACACACAUCAGCCCUCUCACACACGCAUUACCCACACACACACACACACACACACACACACACACACACACAUUACCCUCACACAAACACACACAGCUCCCUCUCACACACACACACAUUACCCUCACAUUCACAGCACCCUCUCACACACACUUCACCCCUCACACUCACAGCACCCUCACACACACACAACGCCCUCACAUACACAGCACCCUCACAUUUCACUCCUCACACUCACAGCAUCCAUCACACACACACACUGCACCCCUCACACAGACCCCCCGCAACACACAAUACUUCCAAACACACACACACACACACACAUAUAUAUAUUGUUGAUAUUGCAGGUCUCAGUAGCAUGUAAAAUAGAGUGCAUAAUGUACAUACAUACAUACACACACACUACAGCACCCCUCACACACAUACUGCAUCCCCUAUACACACACUCUCUACAGCCCCUAGCCACACAUGCAUUACAUUACACCACAAACAGAACACAACUAAAAAACCUACACUAAUGCACAAUACCACACCACAAACAGCUCACUCUACACACACUAAAUCCCACAAGCAGGCUCCAAACACAUACACAGGCCCCAAAUUCUUGCAGGUGGUAUAGCUGCCUAUUAGUCUUGGCAAAAUGCCUCCAGGUCAUGCAAGGUCUUUGGUCGUCUUGCAUGAACUGCACGUUUGAGAUCUCACCUGUGGCUCGAUGAUAUUAAGGUCAGGAAAGUGUCUUCACCUUUUUCUGCUGUACCACUGGGUGGUCAACUUGGCCUUGUGUUUAGGGUCAUUGUCAUGCUGGAAAGUUCAAAAGCUUCUCACCCACGUGCAGCUUUUGUGUAGAAGAAUGCAAAUUGUCUGCCAGUAUCUUCUAAUAACAUACUGCAUUCAUCUUGCCAUCAAUUUUCACAAGAUUCUCCUUGCCUUUAGAGCUCACCCUCCCCUCACUCAAAACAUCAGUUUCACAGUGGGGAUGGUAUUCUUUUCACUAUAGGCCUUGUUAACCCCUCUCCAAACAUAGCGCUUAUGGUUGUGACCAUAAAGUUCUAUCUUGGUAUCGUCACUCCAAAUUACAGUGUGCCAGUGUCACAUCCUGUUCUGUUCUGCGGAGAUAUCUGGCCUUGGCUUCUGGUAUCCAGUACUCUUUUUACAAUUCUUGUUUAGUUUUUCUGGUUUUCUAUUCUAUGUAUGGUUUUCUUUAUGCUGGGUUUUCUGGGUUCAUUCCUUUAUUCCGUUCCUGGAAUUCCCAGUCUCCUGGAUUCCUUUAAAUGUUUGUUUUAUGUUGCCACACCCAUUCAUUUGCCAUUAAUCCUUUUGUUUCAGUCGGUUCCUGCAGGCAGUGGUUUCAUUUCCUCUGCACAUUUCCUUGCAGGUAAGUACUGUGUUUACUGUUGUUCAUUUAGUCAUGCAUAUCUAUGCAGUUAGGACCCACCGUAAUUGAAGUACUAUGGCGCAGUGGUGGGCUGCAUACAUCUUGGCCAUUUAUGUAUGUCUAAAUCUCCAAUGUUUUACAUAUAUAGUACUUAGUUAUUUCUCCUCUUGUUUUGCCUUGUAUCUCUUAUCUUGUUUUAUUUUCUCUUGUAUUCCCAGUUCAUGCACAGUCCUGUCCUUCCCUGUUCAUGUUUCCCUCAUGUCUUGUGUACAUUUUCUGGGUUCUUCUAGUUCUGUCUUCUCUUGUUUGGUGCCUAUUCUAGUCUUGCCUUGUUUCUAGUACUGGAUACAUAUCUGCUGCAGAGUCUCCCUAUCCAGUUCCUGGGAGGUCUCCAUAUCAAGCUCCCAGUUCUUGGGCUCCGCAAAAGCUGCAUCAGGUUCCUGGUAUGUGGCCGCACAAACGCUGGUGCUCAACACCAGGGGGCGUGUGGUUACCCUGCACCAGGCCCUGAUAGUCUAUUUUCACGCUGAGACUCCCAUCAUCAUCAGGCACUCAGGCACUCAGGGGUCCCUGUCUCCGUACCGCCACCCGUGACAGCCAGAAGCUGUGAGACGUGUCAAGGUAUUGUCGGGCAUAUUGUAACCAGGUUUUUUUGUGACUUUGGCGCAGUAAGGUUUCUUUCUGACAACUCGACCAUGCAGCUCAUUUUUGUUCAAGUAUCGUCGUAUUGUGCUCCUUAAAACAACCACACUAUCUUUUUCCAGACAAGCCUGUAUUUCUCCUGAGGUUACUUCUGGGUUUUUCUUUGUAUCCUGAACAAUUCUUCUGGCAGUUGUUGCUGAAAUCUUUCUUGGUCUAUCUGACCUUGGUUCGGUAUCAAGAGAUCCCUGAAUUAUCCACUCCUUAAUAAGUGAUUUAACAGUACUGACUGGCAGUUUUAAGGCUUUUGAUAUCUUUUUACAUCUUCCAUCUUUAUAAAGUUCCAUUACCUUGUUUCACAGGUCUUUUGACAGUUCUUUUCUGCUUCCCAUGGCUCAGUAUCUAACCUGCUCAGUGCAUCCACGUGAGAGCUAACAAAUUUACACAAUUUCUGCCAGAGUAUGCAAACUUUUGAGUACUGUAUGUUAAAUACAUAUUUAUUUUAUUGUACUAACAUCAAAUCACAAUGUUUUAUAUAUAUAUAUAUUCUUAUUAUUUAUUUAUUACUACUAUCCUUGUGGGAUAUAAAAUAGAAUAACGCAGAGGUAGAGUAGUAAAAAAAUAUUGGAAACCUUUUGGCACAUUGGGGUCAUUGCUUUUUUGUAUUUAUCAGUAAAAUCUGUUUGUUUUAUUCAUUUCUUGCCACAACUUAUUUUCAAUUAGGUUUUGCAGCAUAAAAAAUGUCAAGAUAUGAUCAUUGUGAUGACAGACAGUCUAAAGAUUAUUGUCUUGUUGGCAAUUGAUUGUGAUAAGCAUUAAGACAAGCCAUCUGUUUUCUUACUAUUCUUAGUUUAGCAUUUUCUUCAAUAUAACAAAUAGUGACAUUUGAUCCCCUCAUUCACCUGCGAGAAUACCCACAAUAUUAAUAAUUAUCCACUACCUGGAGAAAAGUGAACUUUAAUAAAUAGUUAUAUUAACUUGCUGUAUAUUUGGUUUAUUUAAAAAAAGAGCAUUGAUAGAUUUAUAGAAUAAAAAUGAGUUUUUAAUCAACUUUGUUAAUUUAAUCAAAAAUUUUUAUUUCCUUUUAUAGAUUCUGUGAAUUAAUUGUUUCUACUAAGAAGUAUUGAUUUGUGUUUGUUAAUUUGUUUAAUCAGCUCCUGGGACGCAUGGGCACAGCUGACGAGUGUGCCAAGGCCGCAUUGUAUCUAGCAGCCGAUGGCACAUUCUGCACUGGAAUCGAUCUGCUUCUAACAGGAGGAGCUGAGCUUAACUAUGGCAAUAAAAACCAACAGAAGAUCAUUCAUCACUAGUAUUUUAUUGGCUAUGAUUGAUGUAUUUUUAUGAAAAUGGACAAUAUUUUUGAGAUGUGAAAUAGGUUUCAAAGCCUUUCCGCAGACUAGAAGUAAGUCACAUUUAUUAUGUGUACAAGGUCCGUUGCUUUAGAAUUUUAGGAAAACAAAAAGCAAUAAUUUUAAAUCUUAUUUUAUAUUAGGUUUCUCUUAAAUGUAAUCAAGAUCCUAAAAGAUUUCCACUGGCCUUUAGGCUAACAAAACCUACUAGUUUACUGUUUAUUUGUGAUAUCACUAAUGUUUCCUGUUGCAAAAGAGUUUUUUUCUAAUUUUAUACCAAAUUAGUCUCAAGGUAGAAUGUUACAAUCACUGAUAGUCUUCAUAAGGAAUAAUUUUGAAAUAUUAGUUGUAGCUACACAUUUAUACAAAUACUGUUUUUAUUUGUUCCUAAAAUACAUAUUUGUAAAGCUUGUAUUUCCUUUAAAACUUCAGAGUAAAAUGUAUAUGCAUAUGUGAAUCUCAAUAUUAGCAUAUUUUGUUAUAUCGGUUAUCAUUACAUAUACAUUCAGAGCUCCAUUAUAUAAGGAAUAAAAUCACUCUGAGUGCAAAUUCUCCCUUCAUUAUACCACUAUACCUUGAUGAUCUUAUUAAUUGUGAAGCAGGUUCUGUGCGUGAUUGCAUGAAACUGAGUAAGUGGGGGAAAACAAAAGAAGAGUAGGUGGUAUAGAGAAAAGUAGUGUUGUUGGGGGGGGAGAGUAAGGAUACAACAAACACAGGAAGGAAGAUGGAGUGGUACAACUGGAGCUGCAAGGACAGGUGAAUAGUACCCAGUGUAGGAACACCAGAUUAAUAGUUGCAGCAGGCACAGGGAUGUGAACAUGGGGUACAAGCAAAUCUGCACUCACUGUUUGCUCAGGACUCAGAAAAAUGCUGGCCAUUUAUUUUAAGAGAAGCAGAGUGGUCACAAAUUUAGCAAAAAUUUGAAUUAUGCCAUUAUGCCAAUAAAGACACAGCUCUUAUAAGAGAGUAUGUAACACAUAUUGAAGAUGCGAACACUGUUUUGUUCAGAGCUGCAGUCAAGGCUGGACUGGGAAAAAAAUGUCAAAAUACAUAUCAAAAUACAUGUAGAACAAAAU